AUGCCAGGGAGCUUUAAGACAAUCAACUACGGUGCUUUUGCCUUGCUCAUGACAAUGCAAAUUGAACAGAAUGUGGUUGACGAGGAAUUACGAACCUGGACCAUGCCCAAAUUUACCACCAUAACCGAAAAUGACGAGGUGGUCGCAGCCAUUUUGAUGAUGGGAGCUUUGUUGAAGUACUUUUCUUACCUGUGCGUGCUUGGCUGUGGAAUCCCGUCUCUGAUCUUGCUAGGUGAACGGGAGGACAGGGUCACCCUCGUGAAGAAACUGGACAGACUGUCUCAGCUAGGAGACGAGCCUUCUAGAUUUAGCCAGCUCCUGCCAGGUUCUGAAUCAUUUCGUUGCUUCUUUCGAUAA